AUGGAUUUUACUGCACCGGCAACACCGCUAGCUGGAAGUAGCGGUGACAACAAGAAUGAUGCCGUCGGACCAGCGAUGAUGACAGGGAUGAUGGUAUCAGAAGUAAUGGAUCAUAACAAUGAUGCUUAUUCGACCCGUUGUCGCAUGAGCAGAGAGAGAGAAGGACGAAGACGAAAGAAAAGAAGAAUAUCACGCAUGGCAAAAAAGCGGAAGGGAAACUCGUUACAAAAUGAGUUUGAAACCAAAAGGAAGAAUGCUGUGUGGUCGUACAGUCAGAAUACAAAAGUCCGAGAAGAAACUGGAGGAUAA